AUGCUUCGUGACAGUGUCAAAGAUUUGUCUCUACUACUACAGCUGUUGUCUCUACUACUACAGCUGGUGUCUCUACUACUACAGCUGGUGUCUCUACUACUACAGCUGGUGUCUCUACUCCUACAGCUGUUCCAGCCAGAACGACAUGGCGGGCUGAUUUUUACCAGCCCGAGGGCGGUGGAGGCAGUCAAAAUGUGUCUUGAAGAUGAUGAAAGAACGGAACAGUGGAACAAUGACAUAAAAGACAAAUGGAAUGCCAAGUCCAUCUAUGUUGUUGGGAAGGCUACUGCAGCGCUAGUCCAAAACCUCGGUCUGGUUCCCCUGGGAGAGGACACUGGGACUGCAGACGUUCUCUCGCGCCUCAUCCUUGAACGAGAGGAUGCCAAUAUAUUACCUCUUCUUUUCCCCUGUGGUUCCAUUAAAAGAGAAGUUUUACCUACUGCUUUGAGGGAAAACGGAGUUCCUCUAGACGCACUGAUGGUUUAUCAGACAGCUCAACAUCCAGACCUGGAGAAGAACCUGAGCAACCAUUUUACACAGCAGGGUGUUCCAGACGGCAUUGCUUUCUUCAGCCCGUCGGGAGUCAGGUUCAGUUUGGAAACGGUGAGGAGACUGUCAGGUGAACAACUCGUGCAGAUAAAGUUUGCGGCCAUAGGACCCACCACAGCGGAGGCCAUGGCGGCAGAGGGGCUCUCGGUCAGCUGCUCAGCAGACAAACCUACAGCUGAGCACCUCGCCGCAGGGAUAGCAAAGGCUUUACAGUGACAGACUUGACGAGACGGACCCGCAAACCAACCCGAAAAACUUGAUCCGUCCCCAUCACGUUCUCAUUCAGUCUCUGUGAAAAAAGGAUUGUGGUAUUGCAUUGUUUGUGAUUUAUUUAUCUCUGUGAAGUAUUUUCUAUUAGUUGUGGGGUUUUAUGUGCUAUUUUGAUCGCGGAUAACCAUCUGUAUAUUUAUUAUAUUGUCAUGUGUUGUUGUGCACCUGCACCACAGAGAUAUUGUAAGGAUUUAUGCCUAUUUGUUGACACUGAAUGUAUCAAAUCAUGCUCUUAUAAACUUGUGAAUACACUGA